AUGGAUCGAUCGGGUGCUCCAUCCGAUGUCAGCGUCGAGGAGCUUCAAGACUUUGCCGUGAAACCACUCCUACCUCCUCCAGCAUCCAGAUCGCCGAGCUCGCCCUGUUCGGACCGGAGCUGCGAGGAAGAUCCGCCGCCUCUUCAGGUGGUCCACGGCCAACCGGACGGCCUAGACCCCGUUGGGGGUGAUGACUUGGAUCCCGGCAGCUUCGACCUGUACGAGCUGGAGCGUCGCUCGGAGUUGCUCUUCUCCAGCCGCCAUCUGCAGGCCAUCUUCGACGAUCCCGGCCACCUGCACCGCUUUUCCAGCUUUCUCUGCCGGCAUCGACCAACAUCGGUGCCUCUGUUGAGGUACUCUCUCGACGCGCUCAAGGCGUUGCGGGCCAUCGAGUACAGCAACGCCGUGCUGCGGCAGCUUGCACCCCUGACUAACCUCGACUUCACCCAUCCAGUCGACGGCAACGUCCCCACCGUCAAUGAGGAUCUCCAAGCCAAGGCGCACAUGGCCUUUGAGCUGCUGGCGCGUGAGGAUCUCCCCAUGUACGUCACGCACGUUUGGAUCCAGACGGUGACCGUGUCCAUCCGCGAACGCAUCAUGGGCACGGCACGGCACUCAUCCGAGGGGCUGGCCGAGGUGUUUUGUCUAACGGACCCUUCGCGUCACGAUAACCCCAUCGUUUUCAUGACCGAGGAGUUCAACAAGACGACGCAGUACGGGGUCGACUACAUCAUCGGCCGGAACUGCCGAUUUCUCCAGGGGCCCAACACCAAUCUGUUCAGCGUCCGACGCAUCAGGGAGAAGUUGGAGGCCGGCGUCGAGCACUACGAGACGUUUCUGAAUUACCGGCGCGACGGGUCUCCCUUUAUGAACCUUGUCAUGCUUGCGCCGCUCUAUGACAGCAGGGGAGUCAUACGGUACUUUAUCGGCGCUCAGGUCGACGUUUCGGGUCUCGCAAGCGGCUGCUACGGGCUCGGUGCUCUACAAAAGCUCGUGGAUGAGGAAGAAUCGGGGGUCCAAGGGGAGCAGAGAGCGAGGCUGGCUCGCGAUCCCCGGUGCGGAGACGAAUUCGUCCGGCUCGCCGAGAUCUUGAGUCGUCGUGAGCUAGAGAUAGUGCAGGAUCGCGGAGGGGACAUGCACAGGCUAGUGUCACGAAGCGAAGGAAGUCUCCCUCACUGCGAUACGCGGCCGUCGACCAAGCGGCCGUCGAUGGAAAAGUCGGGCGAACCCCUCCACGGAGCCAAGAAUCGUGUUGUGCUGCAAGACUCAGACUCGCACUGCGACUCGCGCUCCCUCAAGGGGGUUGUGCCAUUGGCCCCCAAUCCGUCGACGACGGCGGCUUCUCUGGCAAGCAGGCACAACGGCCGUCUCACCGGCGUGUAUGAGAAUUAUCUUCUCGUCCGGCCGUACCCCUCACUGCGCAUCCUCUUCACGAGCCCGUCGAUGAGGGUGCCCGGCAUACUGCAGUCGCCGCUGCUGGACCGCAUCGGCGGCUCGGCACGCAUACGCGAGCAGCUGGUUCAGGCGCUCGCCGACGGCCAAGGCGUCACGGCCAAGGUCAGAUGGCUGAGCGGCGUCCACCGCAAGCACGGCAAUCGGCCGCCGCCGCGGAAGAAGACGCAAUACGCUCAUCCCCUGGAGGCGCACUUAGAUCUCGUCGACGACGCAGACAUGCCUUUGGACGCGGAUCCGGCAGGCAGACCACGCUGGAUUCACUGCACGCCGCUUGUGGGAUCCAACGCCAAGUUUGGCGUGUGGAUGAUUGUCAUCGUGGAUGACGAGCCGAGGCCGCAACAGUCAUCCGGCGACAUGCGACGGCGCGGACGAUGGGAUCGGGCCGAGAACGAGACAGAGGAUCCGGGUGCGGCCGCGAAGGUCAUCCGAAACGCUGGCUCCCCAGCAGUCAAGUCCUCGGCGGAUGCGGACGCAUCGGCGACGAAGACGAUUCAUUCCCAGUACUCCCUCAGCGCAACGCGGUCGCCGACCCUCAAGGUCACAGUCAGGAGCACCCCGGGCCGGGCCGGCGUUGGGUGGGAGUGA